UGAAGCCCGUUGAACCGCUGUGAUCCGCCUUAUAAAUACUUAAGACACGAAACCAUCUCCAAAUCCCGGAUUCCUAACAAUCAAACCUCCAUCUCCUCUCACAAUGUCGACCGCACCAGAGCAGAACGGCCAGAAAAGCGUCGGGGGCCUUGAUCACGGCCUCGCAGGCCUGUCCCUGUCCUCGAAAACCAUCCACGCUGAUGACUAUCUCAACACAGACACAGAUGUCGCUCCCGCGAUGCACGUCGCGACCACUUUCCGCUACAACAGAAACCCGGACCUCUUAGUACCAGCAGCAGAACAACCAGACCCUUUCGACCCCGCCGUUGGCCAUAUCUAUUCGCGACUGAGUGCACCAAACACCUCGCGCCUGGAAGCCAUCCUCUCCAGCAUUUUCAAAGGCCCGGCAUUGACCUACGCCUCGGGUCUCAGCGCCUUCCAUGCUCUCUUGGUCCUGCUCAACCCCAAGCGCAUCUCCAUCGGGGAGGGUUACCAUGGCUGCCAUGGAGUUAUUGGGAUCCACGAGAAGCUCACCGGGUUGAAGAAGCUCGAUCUCCACUGCCCUGCUGAAGAGUUGCAGCCGGGUGAUGUCGUGCACGUAGAAACGCCACUCAAUCCUCAUGGCACGGCUUAUAACAUUAAGGCUUUUGCUGAGAAGGCGCAUUCAAGAGGUGCCUAUUUGACUGUUGAUGCCACGUUCGCGCCCCCGCCUCUGCAGGAUCCAUUUGAGUGGGGUGCGGAUAUUGUGAUGCACAGCGGGACGAAGUAUGUUGGUGGCCACUCUGAUAUGCUCUGUGGUAUUCUGGUGAUCAAUCCUGCGAGGCUCAAGGAGGGUUGGCUCAAGACACUUCAAGCCGAGAGGGUCUUCUUGGGCAAUGUGAUGGGGUCGCUGGAGGGAUGGUUAGGAGUCCGAAGUAUCCGAACUCUGGAAGUGAGGAUGGAGAGACAAUCGUCCAACGCUACAAAGUUGGUAACAUGGCUGGACGCUGCGCUCCAUCCCGAGUCAGCUAGCGAGAAGGACGCUGUCAGCGCAGAGACCAGCAAGAUCGUACAAACGAUUCUGGACAAGAUCGAGCAUGCCAGCUUGCAGAAAGACGCUAUCAAAGAGGGCUGGCUGCUGAAGCAGAUGCCUAACGGUUUCGGACCGGUCUUCUCAAUCAGCUUGAAGAACGCGACUUUUGCACGCCGACUGCCAAGCAAGCUCAAACUGUUCCACCAUGCUACCAGUCUGGGUGGGGUUGAGAGUCUGAUUGAGUGGCGGACGUUGUCGGAUGCUACGGUCCAUCCCCGUCUGCUGCGUAUCAGUGUCGGGCUCGAAGGCUGGGAGGAUCUCCGUGAUGACUUGCUGCAGGGCUUCAAGGCUCUUGCGGAGGAGCAGACGAAACUGGGACAGUAAGCAGAUUAGACUUAGAUUACGACUAUAGAUGGUGAAUAUGCAUAGACGAUCCCGGUAUAUCACACUCUCCG